AUGGGCGACUAUCGUGCGGGUAAAGCCGGCAUCAAUGCUGAGGCUCAGGCCAGGAUCAACAGCAAAUACAACGAAGAAAUCGCACAGGAGACCCUAGAAUGGAUCCAGAAACUGACCGGUGAACCCGCUGACACGUCUGGAAGCGCUGAGAAUUUGUACAGCGUCUUGAAAGAUGGCACCCUCCUCUGCAAACUCGUCAACGUUCUGCAGGAGGGCUCCGUAAAGAAGAUCAACCAGUCCACCAUGGCCUUCAAGUGUAUGGAGAACAUAAAUGCUUUCCUGGAUGCUGUCAAGAAGCUGGGAGUACCACCACAGGAGACUUUCCAGACCAUUGAUUUGUGGGAGAAGCAGAACCUGUAUUCUGUUGUGGUGUGCCUGCAGUCGCUGGGACGUAAAGCUGGCAACUUUGGUCAGCCGUCCAUCGGACCUAAGGAGGCUGACAAGAACGUGCGUGAGUUCAGCGAAGAGCAACUGAAGGCUGGCCAGAAUGUCAUCUCUCUCCAAUACGGUACCAACAAGGGCCAACAAUCCGGCAUCACAUUCGGCAACAGGCGCCAAAUCUAA